GCACAUAAACUAUGUUCUUUUCUAUUAUUUCCGGGAAGGAGUCAAUGAAGGCAUCUUAGUCUUCUUAACAAGUUACAGAUAAUCUGUCUCUGAGCGGCAUGUUUUCUGUUUCUAACUUGGAGCCAAAUAGUGCUCACACUGAAAACAAUAAUGUCUGUUUGUUUGUUUGGGCAUUACCUCUAUUUUGAUCUAUAGCACAGUUUUGUAAUUCAGAUCAUCACCCCUGCACUUUGCACCACAUGGGCAUAUUCUGUCUUCCCAGUCAUUGCCGCAAUUAUCUUGUCUGUUCUUUGUGUAAUAUGUUCUAUGUGGGCCACUGCAUUAAACUCAAUUUCUUGGGCAAUUACGGAAAUUCCAGUGUGGCUGCAGUUUAACUUUGCAUUCUCUAUGCAUAUGAGGUUUCCUAAAUAAACUUGAAGAGUAGCAUAGUUUAAAAUAUAUAUAUCUUAUAACUUUCUACAACAAAGAAUUAUUGAGUCCAAAGGCCAUCAGUGCUCAUUUUGAGACACCCUGCUAUCCAUGGUCCCUACAAACCAGGAAAUAAGUUAUUAUGUGUAUACAUUGGUUUUAGUUUUAUGAAACAAUUUGCCUUCAUGAUCUCAUAGUUAAAACUGUAACAAAUUUAGGAAUAAAAAGGAUCAAUAUGGGAAGCAAAAUUUCUAAAGGCAGUUUCUGUUGUUUUAAUUAGUAUUUGUGUAGUUCAAACCAGGAAGGAUUUGACUAUCAUUAGUUUUACUUAACUUUAUGAAAGCUAAAAUAUUAUCUAUUAUAAAGGGGCAAUUCCAUCUGGUCCUAUAGCAUCUUUACUACUGAUUUUUUUAAAUUUGAAAAUGCAAAGAAUUGUUCAAUGUUCUUAAAUGUUCUCACUAUAGAAAAACAAAAAAGAUAACUAUGUGAGAUGACGGAUAUGUUAAUUAGCUGGAUUGUGGUAAUCAUUUUGGAAUGUCGAUGUAUAUCAAAACAUGUAGCACACCCUAAAUAUAUAUAAUUAUUGUCAAAUAUACCUCAAUAAAGAUGGAAAAAAAUUGAGAUUCAAAGUUAACUACUGAUUUUUAUAAUACAGAGGAAUAUGGUUAAACAGUAAGUGAGAAAAUUCAUCAAGUAAAAGUGAGAAACUCCUUUGGAAGGAGGGCAGAAGCACAGUUGAGUUUAAAAAACAUAGAUUUUGGAGACAGGGCAAGUUGAGUUUACCCCUUCCCCCGUCCCGUAUGCCUUUGGGUGACAUAACCUUGCUGUUCCUCAGUCUCAGCAUUGUAGAACUGUUAAGAGAAUAAAUGUGAGUGCAUGUCAACACAAACAAAACACCUUCUACACAGUUCCUGGAACAUAAGAAAUAUUCCAUAAGUUUUAGUUCCUUUAUAACUCAUGAACAUAUGUGUAAGGACUUGUUUUGUAUAUACCAUCUAUUCUGUGUUUACCAUGUGUUUGUAAGCAAAUUGACAAGAGAGGAGGUCUUCUGGAUACAGUACUUUUCACCAGGAAGAUGGGGGGCUGGGCAUGCUCUAGAAUUCUAAAACUCUGUGACUCAACUGUGAUUCUGAGGUUCUACUACUGAGUAGAGUCAUCACUAAGGGCUCAUCUCUAAAGGCUCCAUGUGACUCUGGUGGAGAGGUAGGCCAUGAUCUGGGCAGCAAUGUUUGCUCACUCUUUCUCUUACUAGAGUUCUGCCAUUGAAUCAUGGAGUCACCAUCCCAGGAAAAAAGUCCAACUCACGUCAUCACUAUAAAACCAAAUGAAACUGUAUGGACUGCAUUUCCCUACAGACCUCAUAGCUCUCUGCUGGAUUUUCUGAAGGGAGAGCCAAGAGUCUUGGGGGCUACCCAGAUCCUGCUUGCUCUAAUCAUUGUGGGCCUUGGAACUAUGUUUGUACUUAAUUACAUCCGUUUCUCCCAAAGAUUUCCCCUUGUUGUCCUCACGGGAUAUCCAUUUUGGGGAGCACUUAUUUUUAUUCUUACAGGAUAUUACACAGUAACCGAUACGAAGUCAAAAAUUCUGGGUCAAGGUGUCACGAGCAUGAAUGUUAUCAGUUCCUUGGUUGCGAUAACUGGGAUUACUUUAAUCAUUUUCAGCUAUAGACAUCAAGACAAGUACUGCCAGACGUCUUCUGCUGAAGAAAUAUGUGUUUUGGGUAGAACUCUUUUCAUUGUUCUGUUUUUCUUGCCUUCGGAUGUUACUCAAAAUAGUGAACAACCUGCCCCAGAAGAAAAUGCUCAAUUACAAUUUGUGCUUCAAGAAGAGUUUUCCAGUGAUGAUUCAACAACAUAUGCACACUCUGUUUUCUUUGGAGGCUAUGCUUUCUUCAAGUUAAGACUCUCUAGAAGCCCUUUAGUCUCCCAACCAGGUAAUAAAGGUACGGAAUUUGUGCCAGAUGAACAAAAGCAAAGUAUCCUUCCAUCUCCCAAAUUUUCAGAGGAAGAAAUUGCAUUAAAACCUUUGCCUCCUACAUUAGAGGAAAAGCCCUCAGAAAAUAUGCCCAUUCAGCAAGACUCUACAUUUAAACAAAUGAAAGAUGAAGAUCUACAAUCUGCUAUUGUACAACCUUCCCAAAUGCAAACCCAGUUUCCGCAGGACCAAGCUGUGUCACUCCAAGUUUUUCUAUCCCAUUCUAUACUAAAACUCGAAGAUCUACCACCUGAAGACUUGCCAUCCCAAGCUCUACCAGUAGAAGGCCUGUCAGAACAAUCCAUGCCAUCUAGGUCUACAACAUCCCAUGACAAGCAGUCUUAUAAUCUGACAGCUAAUGACCUGUCCCCUCAAGGCAUACUAUCCCAAGACACACCACCUCAAGAUAUGCUGUUGCCUGACCUGACAUCCCAAGACAUAAAAUCCCUAGAUAUGCUAUCUCAAGACACAUCAUCCCACAACAUGCCACCCCAAGACACACCUUCCCAAGAUAUGCUAUCCCAAGCUCUAUCAGCACAUGUCAUAGUACCUGAAGCCUCAACACCCCAUAUUGUGCAGUUCCCUAAAAUACAACAGCUACUUCAGCAGCCCCCAGAUCUUCAACCAGAAAACACUGAACCUCAAAACCAGCAAAUUUUACAAAUGUCAUAUCAAGAUAUUAGAUCAGAAGUUACGGAAGAGACCAAAGAAUGGAAAUCUGAGGAGGAACUCCAUAGAAGAAAAUCCUCAAGACGGCAUUCCUUAAACCAACAAACCAAAGCCUUGCAAUACUUAAGGAGAUAUUCUUUAGACAUGCAAACCAAAGGCCAUAAAUCCUCAAAGAGGCAUUCCUUAGAUCAGCAAAGCAAAGGCUGGCAAUCUCCAAAGCGGAAAUCCUUAGACCAGCAAAUCAAAGACUGGCUAUCCCCAAAGAGGCACUCCAUAGAUAAGCAAGUUCAACUUAAUCAAACUACAGAGCAACUCCCAGAUCAACAAGCUGAAGAUCAGCAGGCCAAAGGGGAACAAUACCCAGAAGGACAAUCUAAAGAUGGACAAGUUAAAGACCAGCAGACUGAUGAGGAGCAACCCUCAAAGAAGCAAAUCCAGGAUCAGCAAACUGAAGACCAGCAGACCCAAGAGAAGAAAUCCCUGAAAGGACAAUCCCAAAAUGUUCGAGCCGAAGGACAGCAAGCUCAGGUGGAGAAAGUGCCAAAACUGUUAUGCCAAGAUUCAGAAUCCCAAAUACAGCAAUACCAAUACUGGCAAUCCCACAAAGGCAGUCUCCAGACUGGACAACCCAAGACUGUCAAUCUUUUGGCCAAGAAUCCCCUGAAUGGAUAACUCAAGGCUGGAGAAACAAAGAUUAUAAAGCAAGAGAAUGGCAAUUUGAAAUGCAGCCCUGGCAAACACAGGAUCUAUUAGAGAAAGAAGCCCUAAAGCAGAUAGCUCUAUACCGAGAAGUCCAAACCCAGCACACAACAGCCCAACAUAACCUAGAAUGUCAAGCCAGUCAAGAUAAACACCAAGAAGACCUUCAAUCCAGAGUUACACAGAAAGGAGAUAUAUAUACUAGAGACAUCAAACCAGGGGACAUGAAAUGUACAGGGCAAGCCUCAGGAGACCUGCAAUCAGAAAACGUGAAGCCAGAUUUUCAUUCUUCUUCUGGCCAAAGCUCAGUACAAGACACGUGUAUAGGCUAUUUGUCCCAUCUAGAUUCAGAACAAGAUGUGCAGCCAAACACUUCAGCUUCCUCAAAUUCAUAUAAAGAAGAUGUGAAUGUAACUUCUACUUCAUGUGAUCCAAAAGAGCAACAGCAAUCUGAAGACUCUGACUAACAUGCAGAAUCUACCCAAGUGCCUCACUGCCCCCGUUAAUGGAAUUAAAUUAGGAAAAAACAAUAUUGUCACCUCCAACCUGCAUACUCAGUUGUGGUUGCUACCUAAUUAGCUUACAAAAAAAUGAAGGGCAUGCUGAGCACUCAAUUUGUUCUUACUUAAAAUAAAAUGACAACAAACCA